AUGCCCGGCCCCCGUGCCAUGCAAGUCCCUGCGUUCAUAGUGAUCAGCGGGCCACAGGGCGUCGGAAAGUCUACGAUGCUGAAAGGCUUGCUUGCGCAGGAGCGCCAACGCGGAAGAUGGGUGCUGCCCAUACUUCGGACUUUGCAGCCGGGCGACAGGCUUGAGCUUGCGGCUAUCGUUGAAGAGGUGCUGCUGGCCGACACGGUGCCGGAGAUCUUCCCUCAGCUGCGCUUACCAUUUGUGCAGUUGAUGAAACAGCUGAAGCACAAGUGCCUGAAGAAGACUGGGCACCCACUGACAAUCUACAUGCACUUGUCAACGCAGAACCGUGCCGACGACAUCGACCAGAACCAGUGCGACGCCAUCGCCGCUGCCGUCGGUGGCUUCGCGCGGGAGCUCACCUACGAGUACGCUUUGUGCAAAUUCGUGCUGGAAGUGUCCGUGUCCUUGAUCGCCGACAAGAUCCAGGAGCUGCCGGGUCAAAAUCGGGCGUCCAGGGAUAAGUUCAACAUGUCCCGGCUGGUGGUGGUGGACCCACUGCCUUGGAAGCGCUUCGUGGAGCUGGCCCUGGAAAAGCCGGAGAUUGCCUCGUAUCUCAAGAUGGACGAGCUCAGCCGGCAGGAGAUCCUCAAGUACUUCUACCUUCGGGCUGGCGGCAGCUUCCGCGAGCUGCAGCGGCUCCUUGAGGACGCGGCCAAGGCCGACGCCUCGGAUGCGCAGGGCAUCAAGGCCCAGAUCGACCAGUGGUACGAGACGAAGAUCGGGCCCAUCAAGGACGUUCUGGCUGAGACGGAGGAGGAGGAGGAAGAGGAAGAGGAGGGAUGGCUGGAGAAGUUCUUCCGAGAACUCCGGGGCGAGAAGAAGCCCAAGAAGGAGCCGAAGUCCAAGUACCUGGACUACGUGAGGAAGGUGGCCGAGGCGGGCCCAAAAGGUUACUUGAGCAGGGGCGAUGCCCUGAAGAAGGAGACGAAGCUGCAGAUGGAGCUCCGGCGCCUGCAGCCGGGGCAGGCAGUCCUCCGGAGCACCACCAGCACCCAGGUGGCUUUGCGGCAUUGGUACUUCGUCUUCUACGUCCUGGGCGAAACCGAGAAGGCCCUGCAAGAUGCAGGCGCAGAGACCACUUUGAAAGAACGGCGGGUACAGCCCGCCGACAUCUCUGAGGCUUUCGUGGUACUUUGUGUUUUUCCAGGUCGCUUGCUUCGACGAACGCGCGUGCAGAACGCCAGGUGCGACCCCGCGACGACGACGAACACGCAUGCAGAACGGCACGCACGCGUGGUCGCAGCGGAUUGGGGGACCGGGGAGACGCGACCACUACGACGCGGCGCGAGUGCGCGGGUGUCGCCCCCAGGUGUCGCUCCAGCAGUUUUAACCAACUUGCGUAGAGGUUCUUGCCCCCGCGAAACGAGGCGACGACGACGCGACGACGACGCGGGCCUCGCUGCAGCCCCCGAGGCCCUCACAGUCGUUGCAGCGCCUCAUGCUCUCCCUAUACGCGACGACGACGCGGCGACGAGUGGUGAGGACCGGGCGGUGAGGAUAGCGGUGAGGAUAGGGGCGGGCACGGCGACACGACGGCGCGACGACGCACUGUGGUCCGGGGAUGAGGACACGGGUGAGGAUAGCGGUGAGGAUAGAGGCUGUGAGGAUAGAGGCGCAGACGGAUGA